CGCUGUGUGUAUGGCGCUUUAGGGUUGCCAUGCUACUAUAACGCGACCCACGUUGUAAUUCAGCUAACUUCGCGUCUAACAUCGCACAUUUAUCGAACAACACUUUGGUGUUUCUUUUCUAAGUUCUUUUCCGGUGUGUUAGUGGAGCAAAGAUAAUCCAAGAUGGGUAAGGGAAAUAAUAUGAUCCCUAAUGGGCACUUCCACAAAGAUUGGCAACGUUUUGUGAAAACUUGGUUUAACCAGCCCGCAAGGAAAAUUCGAAGACGUCAAAACAGGAUUAAAAAAGCUCGUGCCUUGUUCCCUCGCCCUGCUGCUGGGCCCCUCAGACCAAUUGUGCAUUGCCCCACAGUGCGGUACCACACUAAGGUUCGAGCUGGCAGAGGUUUUACCCUCGAAGAAAUCAGGGGAGCAGGUUUGAAUGCAGGAUUUGCUCGCUCGAUUGGCAUUGCAUUAGAUGUUAGACGUCGUAAUAAAUCUGUAGAAUCUUUACAACAGAAUAUACAAAGAUUAAAGGAAUACAGAUCUAAAUUGAUCUUGUUCCCAAGAGGUGGAAAGAAAUUGCAUAAGGGUGAAGCAACUGAAGAGGAAUGCAAGGUUGCAUCUCAAUUAGAAGGCGUCGUGAUGCCAAUUAAACAAACUUCAGUUAAAUCUAAAGCUCGUGUCAUUACUGAAGAUGAAAAGAAAUUCUCAGCUUUCACCACUUUAAGAAAGGCUCGUGCUGAUCAGCGCCUAGUUGGUAUUCGUGAAAAGAGGGUUAAAGAUGCAGCUGAAAACCCAGAUGACGUAACAAAAGUAGGCAAAGAGGGAAAGAAAGCUAAGAAAUAAUUUGUACGAAAUAUGAAAUAAAACUAUAAUCCUU